AUGAAAAUUAUAAGCUGGAAUGCCAGGGGAUUGGGAAGCCCUUCGGCAUUCAGAUUUCUAAAGCUGCUAGUAAAAGAGCAGCGUCCCGACUUACUUUUCCUUAUAAAGACUAAAUUGACUUGUAAUUCUGUUGAUCGUUUUUGUUCUUGUUUAAAAUUCAGUAAUGGUCUGGAAGUUCCUAGGUUAGGUAUGAAGGGUGGUUUAUUGCUGUUAUGGUUGGCCAAUAUUGAUGUAACACUUAAUUCAUACUCAAUGAAUCAUUUUGAUGUUUUAGUCUCGUCGGAUAAUUGCCACCAAUUUCACUUUACUGGUUUUUAUGGAGCACCUGAAACUCAUUUGCGUAUCAACACUUGGAAUCUUUUAAGCAGCCUUGUUUCAAAUGCUUCUAAUUUACCUUGGUUGGUUCUUGGAGAUUUUAAUGAAUUACUUUCAAAUGAGGAUAAAGUUGGGGGCCCUCCUAGAGAUGACAUGCUUAUGGAUAAUUUUAGAGGAGCUAUUAAUCGUUGUCACUUAAGGGUUGUUUAUUUUAAUGGUGAUCCUUUCACAUGGACUAACAAAAAUCAUCAUGGGAAUGUUGUUCGGGAACGUCUUGAUAGAGGUUUCAUUUAUAACAAUUGGUCUGAUUUUUUUAAUAAAGCCACUCUUUCCCAUCUUGACUUUUACCAUUCUGAUCAUAGAGCUAUUGAAUAUAUAGUGUCUCAGCCUAAUCUGCCAGUACUUUCAUCUCAGAGGCGUAUCAGGUUCCGAUUUGAGCAAAUGUGGCUCAAAGAUACUGAUUGCAGAGAUAUUGUUCAAGCCUUUUGGUGCACAAACUCAUCUAGACAGCCCACGGCUUCUGUUCUGCAGAAUAUUGCAGCUUGCACGGCUGCCUUACAAGAUUGGCAUGGCAAAAAAUAUGGUCAAAUGGGGAAGGAUAUUGCUGCUGCUCACAAGACUUCAUCUCACUUGAAUAAUAUUAAUGACAACUCUACUGCUCAUUUGAAAUGGGUGGAAGAUGCUGAUAAAGUUCUUGAUGAGUUACUUGAAAAAGAAGAGUUAUAUUGGCAUCAACGUGCAAGAGUAGAUUGGCUUCAAAGUGGUGAUUCAAACACUAAGUUUUUUUCAUUCCAGAGCUAA